AAAAUUCAAAUAAUACAAAGAUAUCAUUGGUUCAUUCAGACAGUAGUAGGAUGUGGCUAGUCCAAUCAGAGCAUCAACACGUCUAAAAAGUUAAGCCAAUCACAUUCGUGUCACAAUUGCUUUUCCCGCCGUUUCUCCAUGUUCUUCACGCGCGCGCUUACUACUUGAUACUAACAGUGGGACAUCUUAAUUUUGUUCAGUGGGACCGUUUUAUUGUGAAAUAUUGUAAACAAAUUGAAAGUUAAUUGUCAACACGAACAUGGAGGGAUUCGACCAUGGUGAAAUUUAUCAAUCGGUCAAUUUCUUUAGUCAAGAUGAUAAUCAAGACGAGAAUAAUCAAGCCACCAAUUUAAAACAUUACAAAAAAAAGUUCAAGGAGUUUCUGAGACAGUUUCACGAGGGAAAUUUUAACUACAAAUACCGUGACAACCUGAAACGAAAUUAUAAUUUAAAGCAAUAUUGGAUUGAGAUUAAUCUUGCAGAUCUUGUUGCUUAUAAUGAUUCUCUCGCAGAAAUAUUAUAUAAACAACCAACAGAAUAUUUACCAAUAUUUGAAGAAGCAGCCAAAGAAGUUGCAGAUGAAAUUACCACUCCUAGACCUAUUGGUGAAGAAGAAAUGGAAGAUAUUCAAGUUUUGUUAUCUUCAGAAGCCAAUUGUACAUCUUUACGAGGAAUGAAACCAGACAAAGUUUCUAAGUUAAUUAAAAUCUCUGGUAUUAUCAUUUCUGCAACUGGUAUUAGAUCAAAAGCCAAAGCAAUUUCUAUACAAUGUAGAUCUUGUCGAAACGUAAUACCUAACAUUAACAUAAGACCUGGUUUAGAAGGCUACCCAAUGCCAAGGCAGUGUGGAGUUGAACAGGCAGGUCGACCAAAAUGUCCAUUAGAUCCUUACUUCAUUAUGCCAGAUAAAUGUAAAUGUGUUGAUUUCCAAACAUUAAAAUUACAAGAACUUCAUGAACAAGUGCCUCAAGGAGAGAUGCCAAGACAUGUGCAGUUAUAUGUUGAUAGAUAUUUAUGUGAUCGUGCUGUACCUGGUAAUAAAGUCAUGAUUCUUGGUAUACUGUCAAUCAGAAAAGUAGCUAAAACUGGAGCAAGACCAGGCAAUAAAGAUAAAGCUCUCGUUGGUAUUCGUUCUUCGUACAUUCGUGUUGUUGGGAUACAAGUAGAUGGAGAAAAUACUGGAAGUGGUAGCUUCAAAGUAUUUUCACCAGAAGAAGAAGAAGUAUUUAGACAUUUAGCAGCAGAUCCCGACAUUUAUGACAGAAUAUCAAAAAGUAUUGCACCUAGUAUUUAUGGUGCUACUGAUAUGAAAAAAGCUAUUGCUUGUUUGCUUUUUGGUGGUUCUAGAAAAAGGAUGCCCGAUGGCUUAUGUAGAAGGGGUGACAUUAACGUUUUGAUGAUUGGUGAUCCUGGCACUGCUAAAUCUCAAUUAUUAAAGUUUGUGGAAAAUGUUGCACCAGUCGGAGUUUAUACUUCAGGAAAAGGUAGCUCUGCUGCAGGUCUCACCGCUUCAGUAUCAAGAGACCCAUCAACACGUAACUUUGUGAUGGAAGGGGGAGCAAUGGUGUUAGCCGACGGAGGUGUAGUCUGUAUAGACGAGUUUGAUAAAAUGAGAGAAGACGAUCGAGUCGCUAUUCAUGAAGCUAUGGAGCAGCAAACCAUCUCCAUUGCAAAAGCGGGUAUCACAACGACGCUGAAUACGCGCUGCUCAGUUCUUGCCGCUGCCAAUUCCAUUUAUGGUAGAUGGGACGAUACCAAAGGAGAGGAGAAUCUCAACUUUAUGCCGACAAUUUUAUCGCGUUUCGAUAUGAUUUUCAUCGUCAAAGAUGAACAUCAGGAGAAUAGAGAUAUUACUCUGGCAAAACACGUUCUAAAUAUUCACGCUAACGCCGAUCAUAUCGAUAACAAUGUGUCAGAAGGUGAAUUGUCCUUAAACUUACUCAAGAAGUACAUCCAUUACUGCAGAUUGAACUGUGGACCACGUCUAACUAUAGAAGCCGGGGAGAAGUUGAAAAAUCGUUAUGUAAUGAUGCGCACCAGUACGGAUCGGCAUGAAAAAGGUAGCGAUAAGAAGCAUUCUAUUCCAAUAACUGUUCGGCAGCUAGAAGCCGUUAUUCGCAUUUCCGAAUCGUUAGCAAAAAUGAGACUGCUUCCUUUCGCGAAUGAAAUUCAUGUCGACGAAGCUCUUCGACUUUUCCAAGUGUCAACAAUGAGCGCUGCUAUGUCUGGUUCUCUUGCUGGCGCGGAAGGUUUCACGACGAACGAAGAUUACGAAAUGCUAACUCGCAUAGAGAAACGGUUGAAAAAACGUCUCGCAAUUGGAACGCAAAUUUCGGAGCAGCGAAUCAUUCAAAGUUUUGUAGAACAAAAAUAUGCUGAAAGUGAUGUUAGAAAGGUAAUCUACACGAUGAUUCGCAGAGGAGAAUUGCAACAUCGCGUGCAACGAAAGAUGUUGUACAGAUACUUGUAA